AUGAUCAGAAAUUGCGAUGCAGGAAGUUUAGAGGAAAAUUCUACAAAUUAUAACAUUGACAUUUGCCAAAACAAUGAAAAAAAAAAUUUUUUGAAUCAAGAUAUACAAGAAAACUUCAAAAACUUGGAAAAUAUUAAUAUAAAUAAUAAAAAUGAAGUAGACAAAUAUGAUAAAAUAAAUAUUAUUGGAAAAAGUAAAAUGAGCAAAUCUUCACACAGAAUUGAAACAAAUAUAAAUCAUAAAAUAGAAAAAGACAAUGAAUUGGACGUGUCUAAAUAUAUCCAUUUAAGUGAGCAUUUACAAAUACGAAAAGAUAAACAAAUUUCUAUGAGUGCAGCGUUAAAUAAAUAUAUAAAUGAUAACAUAAAUUUUAUUAGAAGUUUUGGAAAUAACAAUAAACAUUUGGAAAAAUACCCAAAAAAUAUAUUAAAUCAAUUUGUUGAUAUAGGAGUAAAAAUAAGAUUUUUACUUUAUAGAGAUAAAAUUAAAAAAUAUAAAAAAUCAAAAAAAAUAGUUGAAAAAAAUGCAGAUUUAGAAAAAGAUGGUAAAUAUAAAUAUUGUAAUAUACCAAGCCAAACUAUUCCAAAUUUAUAUGAACAAGAUUCAAACAAUUCAGAUAGUAGCUGUCUAUUAUCGGAUUCUUCUAGUAAUAAUGAUAAAAAAAUAGUGAAAAAUGUAAAUAUUAAAGAUUGUCGAAAUUUAAACGAAUUAACAAUUGAUAAGGAUGAAUUGAAUAAUUUUAAACAUUUAGAAAAAAAUAAAAAUGCAUAUUUUCGAUAUAUAGAUAGUAUAUAUACAAAAUACGCAAUGAUUAAUAAUAUGAGCAUUUCAUAUUUUCAAAAUAUUCAAAAUAUUAUAAAUAAAAAUAGUUCAGAUACGAAUAUAACAGAUAAGGUGGAAAACGAAAUGAAUAAUAUUAGAAAGUUUUUUUCAAAUCAAGAAAAUGCUAAAGCAAUUGAAAGAAAUCAAAACAUAUUAAGAACUGAUAUUAUAAAUGCAAUGUUUGGUUUUAACAUAAUAAGUGAUACCCAAUGUAUGAAAAUACCUAUCAAAUAUGUAAAUAGUGAAUAUAAAGAAAAAGAAAAAAAAAAAUUAAUAAAAAAUGAUACUAUAUAUGAAAAUGAAUCAAUUUCAAAAAACAGUGAUAAAGAACAACAUCCAUUCUUGUCAAAGCUUAGAAAUGUAAAAAAAGAAAAAAAAAAAAUGAGCACACAAAAUCAAGAUAAAAAUAAUUAUAUAAAAAAAAAAUUAGAUAAUGCUAUUGAUGUAAAUAAGAAAAAUAAAAUAUGUGAAUACAUAUAUGAGUUACAAAAAAAAAAUUAUAAAAUGAAUAGAAAAAUAAAAAGUUUAAAACAAUUUAUAUUAUUAGACAACUGGAAAGGUUUUAAAAAUCAUAAUAUAUAUAUAAAUAUGAUAGAUCAAGAAAAAAAAGAAAAUGAAAAAUUAUUUGCAACCUUAUGUUAUGAGCAAAUGAGUUAUAUAAAUGAAAAAAAACAAAUUAUAUUAAAAAGAGAAGAAAAAGAAAGAUUAAAAUUAUUAAGGGAAAAUAAUAUGGAUGAAUAUAUCAAAUUAAUAAAAAAUGUGAAAAAUAAAAGAAUACAAGAAAUGUUAGAUAUAACAGAUAAAUUUCUUAAUAAUAUGUCACAUUCUGUAUUAUAUCAAAAAGGAAAAACAGAUGUUAUUAUUUCUGAUUUUACAAAAGAAUCUAUAAAUAUGAGAAAAAAAUAUUAUGAUGUUGCACAUACAAUUAAAAAUAAAAUUCUAAAACAACCAUCUAUAUUAAUUGGAGGGAGUUUAAUGCAAUAUCAAUUAGACGGAUUAGAAUGGCUAGUUUCUUUACAUAAUAAUAAUUUAAAUGGAAUAUUAGCAGAUGAAAUGGGAUUAGGGAAAACUGUACAAACAAUAAGUUUAUUUGCUUAUCUUAAAGAGUUAAAAAUGUGUAAUAUAAAAAACGAAAAUAACAAAAAUUGUGAAACUAAUAAUUCUUCUGAAAUAUAUAAUCAAAUUGGAAAAAAUAUAAUUAUUGUCCCAUUAUCUACUUUACCAAAUUGGAUAAAUGAAUUUGAGAAAUGGUGCCCAACUUUAAAAGUUAUAACUUAUAAAGGAAAUAAAAAUGAAAGAAAAGAUAUUAACAAAAUAUUAUUAGAAAAUAAUUAUGAUAUAUGUUUAACUACAUUUGAUAUUAUAAUUAAAGAGAAAAAUAUAUUAGGAAAGAUAUCGUGGAAUUAUAUAAUAAUAGAUGAAGGGCAUAGAAUAAAAAAUGAUAAUUCUAAACUUCAUUCUAUUCUAUCAUUAUUUAUCAGUAAAUAUCGUAUAUUAUUAACAGGUACUCCUUUACAAAAUAAUAUGAAAGAAUUGUGGGCUCUUUUAAAUUUUUUACUUCCAAAAAUAUUUUCUUCAUCUACAGAUUUUGAAAAAUGGUUUUCAUUUCCAUUAUAUAAUGAAAAAAAUGUAUAUGAAAUUAUGACAGAAGAAGAAGAACUACUUAUUAUUAAUAGAUUGCAUACUAUCCUUUUACCUUUUAUGCUUAGACGUUUGAAAAAAGAUGUAUUAGAAUUUCUGCCCAAAAAAUAUGAAUAUAAUAUAUAUGUACAAUUAUCAUUAUAUCAGAAAGUAUUAUAUAAACAAAUAGAAAAUAAAAGUUUUAAACAAGUUAAUUCAGAUGGUACAUUAAAUACAAAAUCAUUUCAAAAUACGAUUAUGCAAUUGCGUAAGGUUGUUAAUCAUCCAUUUUUAUUUACAUAUAAUUAUGACAUUAAUGAUUUUAUAAUUAAAUCGAGUGGUAAAUUUGAAGUAUUAGAUAGAAUGAUACCUAAAUUAUUAAAAUUCAAACAUAAAAUCUUAUUAUUUUGUCAAAUGACAAAACUAAUGGAUAUACUUUCUGAUUAUUUUGAACUUCGAGGAUAUAAAUAUCAUAGACUUGAUGGUAGUGUUAGUUUAUCAAAUCGUAGAGAAAUUAUAGAUAAUUUUAAUGAAUCAAUGUUUGUAAAUAAUUCUGAAGAAAUAUUUAAAAAUAAAGAUUCAGAUUUAUUAACUCAAGAAUCUAAAUUAGAUGAACCUAUGAUAUUUAUAUUGUCUACAAGAUCUGGAAGUUUGGGACUAAAUUUACAAGCAGCAGAUACUGUAAUUAUAUUUGAUAGCGAUUUUAAUCCACAUCAAGAUAUACAAGCAAUGUGUAGAUGCCAUAGAAUAGGGCAAAAAAAUAUUGUAAAAGUUUUCCGAUUUAUCACUAUUUCAAGUGUAGAAGAAUUAGUUUUUCAAAAAGCAAAAGAUAAACUCAAUAUAAAUGAUAAAGUUAUACAAGCAGGGUUAUUUAAUAAAAUAUAUAAUGAUAAUGAUAGACAAAAAAAAUUAAAAAAUAUUAUUCAAAAAAAUCAAAAAUAUGACCCCAAUUUAUACCCAACUAAUCCUAUCAUGCUCAAUGAAUAUAUGAGUCGAAACCCAGAGGAACUCGAAUAUUUUCUCAAUUUUGACAGGGAAUAUUUUGGAGAGGAUCUAUUUUCACUUUUGCAAUCCAUUCGUCAGAAGGAAACACAAAAGUCGCAGUUUCGAUACAUGAGCGAGGAUGAAAUUGACGAGGAAAAGGAAAAAGACGAGGUUGACCGAGUUAACGAUUUGGGUUCUGACCGAGUUAACGAUUUGGGUUCUGACCGAGUUAACGAUUUGGGUUCUGACCGAGUUAAUGAUUUGGGUUCUGACCGAGUUAAUGAAACAAGUGUGGCUGACGAAAUCGAACGAAUCCUAAUAAAAUCGAAGAAGUUAAUAUGCGAGUCAGAUUUGCCAGUUCAUUUAUUUUGUGAGGACAUUGUUGAAACAAAUGAAAUAAAUUUUAAGAGAACGCGAAAAGUAAUUAAUUCUAAUCUUAUGUAUGAAGAAGAACUAACAGAGGAUCAGUUUUGUAAACUAAUAGAUCCAACUCCUUCUCAAAUUUGCUCUCAAAAUAAUAUAGAGUAUUCUACUGAUAUUCAAGAUUGUAUGGAAAAUGAACAAACUCACAAGUUUGAACUUUUAGAAAAAGAAACAAUUGAUAUCGAACUUCAAGAUAAUAAUAAGAAACAGAAACAAAUCAUAAAAAAUGAAAUAUCUGAAUAUAUAGAUAAUGAAGAUUUCACAUUAAAUAAAACAAGAAGCGGCAUACCAAAUAUAGAAAAUAAUUACCUCGAAAAAAAUCAAAGAAAAGAUGAAUUGGAAAAUCAGAACAAACAAACUGAUGUAGAAAAAGAAGAAAAUGUUAUUAGAAAACGAAAGGGUGAGGAAAUAAAUAUCAGCAAUUUUGAAAAAAAAUAUUCAGAGUUUUCUGAACCAUCUAAUAUAUUAAGUGUUUCAACAAAAUUACAAGAAAAUGAAAAAAAAAAUAAAAACAAAAAAAGGAAAAAAAAUAGUGAGGAUGAAAUCUAA